CCACCCUGAGGGCGGCGGCGGCGGCGACCGUGGUAAUUGCAGCCGCUCGGGGGCAGGGCUUGCCCCAGCGCAGAGUAGUGGCAACGGCUUGUCGUGUCGGGAGCCCCGGGGACGUGAACUCGGCAGACCCACUCUCUCCCCCUCGCAGGAGGAGGUGCUGCCGAAUCCACGCGGGGCAGCGGGACCGCCCCGAGGGGCUUCCUCGGUGGAGAAGAGGUGGGGUUCCAGGGCACAGGUGACAGGGCCGGAGAAAGAUGGAGCAGCCCGGGGCGGCGGCGGCGUCGGGCUCCGGAGGCUGCGGCGAGGAACCCGGUGGGGGCCGAAGCAACAAGCGGAGCGCGGGGAACCGGGCCGCCAACGAAGAGGAAACGAAAAACAAACCUAAAUUGAACAUUCAAAUAAAAACUUUGGCAGAUGAUGUGCGUGACCGAAUUACGAGUUUUAGAAAAUCUACUGUCAAAAAAGAAAAACCUCUUAUCCAACAUCCUAUUGAUUCUCAAGUUGCGAUGAGUGAGUUUCCAGCGGCUCAGCCAUUAUAUGAUGAACGAUCUUUGAAUUUGUCCGAAAAGGAAGUACUGGAUCUCUUUGAAAAAAUGAUGGAGGAUAUGAACCUUAAUGAAGAACGAAAAGCUCCUUUAAGAAACAAAGAUUUUACCACCAAGCGUGAGAUGGUCGUCCAGUAUAUUUCUGCUACUGCCAAAUCUAUAGUUGGAAGUAAAGUUAUGGGAGGGCUGAAAAACAGCAAACAUGAAUGCACUCUGUCUUCACAAGAAUAUGUUCAUGAAUUACGAUCUGGUAUUUCAGAUGAGAAACUUCUUAAUUGCCUAGAAUCUCUGAGGGUUUCUUUAACCAGCAAUCCUGUCAGCUGGGUUAACAAUUUUGGCCAUGAAGGUCUUGGACUCUUGUUGGAUGUGCUGGAAAAGCUUCUGGACAAGAAACAGCAAGAAAAUAUUGACAAGAAGAAUCAGUAUAAACUUAUUCAGUGCCUCAAAGCAUUUAUGAACAAUAAGUUUGGAUUGCAAAGGAUUCUAGGGGAUGAAAGAAGCCUUUUACUGUUGGCAAGAGCAGUUGACCCCAAACAACCCAACAUGAUGACUGAAAUAGUAAAAAUACUUUCUGCUAUUUGUAUUGUUGGAGAAGAGAACAUUCUAGAUAAACUUUUAGGGGCUAUAACUACAGCAGCAGAACGAAAUAACAGAGAACGAUUUUCACCAAUUGUGGAAGGAUUAGAAAACCAUGAAGCUUUGCAAUUACAGGUGGCCUGCAUGCAGUUUAUAAAUGCCCUUGUCACAUCUCCUUAUGAGCUUGAUUUUCGAAUACAUUUAAGGAAUGAAUUCCUUCGUUCAGGACUAAAAACAAUGUUACCAGAUCUGAAAGAAAAAGAGAAUGACGAGCUUGAUAUUCAGUUGAAAGUAUUUGAUGAGAACAAAGAGGACGACCUAACUGAAUUAUCACACCGUCUCAAUGACAUUCGAGCAGAAAUGGAUGAUAUGAAUGAAGUGUACCAUCUUCUGUAUAAUAUGUUGAAGGACACUGCUGCUGAAAAUUACUUAUUAUCCAUUCUACAACAUUUUUUGCUCAUCAGAAAUGAUUAUUAUAUCAGGCCACAGUAUUACAAAAUAGUUGAGGAGUGUGUUUCACAGAUAGUGCUGCACUGCAGUGGUAUGGACCCAGAUUUCAAGUACAGACAAAGACUAGACAUUGAUUUCACUCAUCUGAUAGAUUCUUGUGUGAACAAGGCAAAAGUUGAAGAAAGUGAACAAAAAGCAGCAGAAUUUUCAAAGAAGUUCGAUGAAGAAUUCACAGCUCGACAGGAAGCUCAAGCUGAGCUUCAAAAAAGAGAAGAAAAAAUCAAAGAGCUUGAAACAGAAAUCCAACAACUUCGAACCCAGGGACAUGGACUCUCAGGUUCAUCAGGAAUUCCAGGCCCUCCUCUACCACCUCCAUUGCCAGGUGCUGGGCCACCCCCGCCCCCACCUCCACCAGCACCACCUCUACCCGGAGGAGGUCCCCCUCCUCCUCCACCUCCUUUACCCGGGGUACAUGGAAUAGCAUCACCACUGCCUUUGUUUGGGGGACCUCCUCCACCACCUCCCCUUGGAGGAGUUCCUCCUCCUCCUCCGGGAACAGUUGAUCUGCCAUAUGGAAUGAAGCAUAAAAAAAUAUAUAAACCUGAGGUGUCCAUGAAGAGGAUCAAUUGGUCAAAGAUUGAACCCAAAGAAUUGUCUGAGAACUGUUUCUGGUUGAAAGUUAAGGAAGAGAAGUUUGAAAAUCCAGAUCUCUUUGCAAAAUUGGCACUGAAUUUCGCUACCCAGAUAAAAGUUCAAAAGAAUGCAGAAGCUUUUGAAGAAAAGAAGACGCUGCCUACAAAGAAGAAAGUGAAAGAGUUGAGAAUUUUGGAUCCCAAAACAGCUCAGAAUCUUUCUAUCUUCCUAGGAUCGUAUCGUAUGCCAUAUGAAGAUAUAAAAAACAUCAUUCUGGAGGUUAAUGAAGACAUGUUGAGUGAGGCCUUAAUUCAGAACCUUAUAAAACAUCUUCCUGAGCAGAAGGUACUCAAUGAAUUAGCACAGCUGAAGAAUGAAUAUAAUGACCUUUGUGAGCCUGAACAGUUUGGAGUUGUGAUGAGCUCAGUGAAAAUGUUGCGUCCUCGUCUCAAUAGCAUUCUUUUCAAGCUCACGUUUGAAGAACAUGUAAACAACAUCAAACCAAGCAUCAUAGCAGUAACCCUGGCCUGUGAAGAACUGAAGAAAAGUGAAAGUUUUAACAGACUUUUAGAGUUAGUUCUUUUGGUUGGAAACUACAUGAACUCAGGCUCAAGAAAUGCCCAGUCUUUGGGUUUUAAGAUCAACUUUCUCUCUAAGAUCCGAGAUACUAAAUCAGCAGAUCAAAAGACAACCCUCUUGCAUUUUAUUGCUGAAAUUUGUGAGGAAAAAUACCGGGAUAUCCUAAAAUUUCCUGAAGAACUGGAACAUGUGGAAAGUGCAAGCAAAGUUUCAGCUCAAAUUCUCAAGAGCAACCUUGCAGCAAUGGAACAACAAAUUCUUCAUCUGGAACGUGACAUCAAGCAAUUCCCUAAAACAGAAAAUCAACGUGAUAAGUUUGUGGAAAAGCUGACGAGCUUUACAAAGGGUGCCAGAGAACAGUAUGAAAAACUACUCACCAUGCACAACAACAUGAUAAAGCUCUAUGAGAAUCUUGGAGAAUACUUUAUUUUUGAUGCUAAGAGAGUGAGCAUAGAAGAAUUUUUCGGUGAUCUCAGCAACUUCCAAACUUUGUUCCUGGAAGCAGUGAAAGAAAACAACAAGAGAAAAGAAAUGGAAGAGAAGACUAGGAGGGCAAAGCUUGCAAAAGAGAAAGCUGAACAAGAAAAGUUAGAACGCCAGAAGAAAAAGAAACAACUCAUUGAUAUAAACAAAGAGGGUGAUGAGACGGGCGUGAUGGAUAAUCUUCUAGAAGCCCUGCAAUCAGGUGCAGCAUUCCGAGACCGCAGAAAGAGGAUUCCAAGGAAUCCAGAAACACAACAAGGCAAAUUGGAAAGGGAAGCCACUACUUAUUAACAAAGCCCUCCGCAUCACCUCAGAUAACAGACGAGUACCUUUGGAAAGGUCACGCUCUCGCCACAAUGGAGCUGUCUCAUCUAAGUGAUUCCCGAUGCCAAAGAAUAUGAAAAUACUUAAAAGUAAACAAAAUCAUACAUUUUGGAAAGAACAAAACAUCAUGCACUCAAGGGAUGGAGAGGAAAUAAGUACAUUUCUGCAAAGAGCAAGCUAAGCUAGAUGCAAUAGUGUGCAUAUGUAAAGUUAUCGCAAGACUCCUCCCACAGUUACACUAAUACGAACACAAUUACCAGGAUUAUAAAACAUGCGUUCCCUUUUUGUGUAAAGAUGUGUAUUAUUUGUUACUGUGUGUGGCCUGACUGUGAUGAUGAAAAGUGUAAGAAAUUGAAGAGUUCCAAAGACUUUCAAGACCAUUCAGUCUGUCAAAAAUGUAUAAUAUUAUAACUCAAAUUUGAAGUCACCACCCCCCCAAAAAAAAGGAAGAAAAGAGAAAAAAAAGAAUAGAAAGAAUUAGUCAGUCAAUGUCUACUUCUGAUUCCUAUUAUAUAGAAAAGGAAAAGGCCAGUGAAAAUGUGUAUGUUAAUGGUUUGGAAAGGCACUGAUAUUGCACACUCUAUAAAAGAAGCCAUUUUUGGAAACUCAGAAAAAGUACUGCUUCACCCCCCCCCCCGUCAAGUUACUUAGAAUCUUAUCUCAAGUGAAAGUUGAUGGAUUCAUCUGCUUCGGCUGAAAUUAAACUUAUCAUUAAUCUAGAGUUUCAGCAUGAUAUUGCAGGCACUUAUCAUUGCUAAAAAUAAGCCAGAAAGUUUAACAGAAGCAGUUAGAGAAAAUGAUUUAAACUUUAUUUAAAGAGGUAUUUUCUAAUUAUGCACAUAUAUCUACUUUAUACAAAUACUUUAUAUGGCUGUUUUUGAGGAAAACCUCACAUUUUAAUGUUUAUGCUAGGGCUGACCCUGCAAAUUCUGUUACCUUUAUUCAGAUUUUUAAAGGUAAAUAUUGCUCUCUGUUCUCCAUGGUUUAUUUCUUCUCUCUAUUGCUUCUUUCUCCCACAACCCCCUUGAAAGCAGGGAAUAGAGUUCUAGGAGACCUGAGGGGAAAAGGAUUUCUUUCCACAGGAGGCAGCAGAAAACUGUCCGAAAGGUCAGUUGUUUUAUCAUCUGCCUUUCUACUCCCCUUUCCAGUUCCGCCAUGGUGAUCUGAAGAAGAAAAAGAAAUUAUAUGUAUGUAUCUGUAUAUAUGUGUAUAUAUUUAUAUCUCCUGCUACAAUAAUUCCACAUCCCAGUGACUAAGUGAACUUCUCAAUCAUCAUCAUACUUAUUUACCUUAUAUUAACAAAUUCAAAUGAUGCUGCCGAAACAACUCUAGGAGGAAAAAACAGGCUCUACAUUUUUCUUAAAAAGAUGAGGGAGGAAAAGUUAUACUUAACUUGUCUAUUAUUUUUAAAAAUGCAUUGUAAUAAUGUAUAACUUCUCUGGACUAAUCCAUGCAGAUAAUUGUAAAAGAUUUCUUAUAUGUAUAUUUCUUAUAAAGAAAAUCCUAUUUCUACUUCCUCCAAAGCACAUUAUAGACAUUCAGAAAGAACAAGUGACUGGCUUGGCAAGUCACUCCCUGAGAUAAUGUAACCAAGUGACCAAUAGCUCACAGUUUUCUUUUUAUAGAUGUACAGUGAUUCAAACUUCUGCCUUUUCCUCCAGUGCAUUCUUACUUGGGUCUUAUCCUUUACAAAGUUCUGAAGCUGCUACAAGACAGAAAUCAAAAGCAGUAACAGGAUCUGAGAUUUUACAAUUUUAUCCUAUCAUCUAUCUUAAGACACACACAUAUGCACACACACAAACAAGUUUAAGGGACAUAUCAAUUUCACACACUGUUUUUUUAACAAUAACAACAACAACAAAGAUUUAGGUUCUACUAAUUUAUGUAAAUACUUAAUGUAUGUAUUUUUAACUUCACAAAGUCUUUUCUGAAAUCUUCAUGGUAUGGCUUCUUUGAGUCUUUUGAUAGCUUUUCAGACUGUAGGAAAAUGAUAUUUUGAAAUAUUCACCCUGACUAAUAUUUAGGGGCAUUUGUCAUGCCAUAUUAUCAGGCUGGUCAAGGUGGACAUACUGAUGCAUAUCACCUUUUCCAGAUGUGAACUUGCCUUAUUUUUUAGUUUGUGGGGAAAAAAAGUACUAUUAUUGAUAAAUUAUAUAUUUCUAUUUAGAAUAAGUCCACAUGCUUUUCACAAACAUUAUGAGACUGUUCAGGGUCUUUCACGAAGUUCUGAUAACUCAAAGGGUUUGCUUCCCAGAUUUAUAAUGGUCCUGCUCUAGCCAUUUGCAGUUCUGUUUUAGAUUGAAAAUUAUCACCAGAAAAAAGUACAUAGUGACAUUUUUAGUAUAGAACCAAAUUAUACUAAAGUCUUUUGUUGGGUUUAUUACUGCCACACGUGAGAAGCACCAAUUUAUGCAGAUUUUCUUCAGAAUGUUUUUUAAAAGUGCAAAACCCUUUAAAAUGUUUACUAGUUAUACUAGAUUCCUUUGGCUGCUGUAACAAAUUACUACAAACUUGGUGACCUAACAUAUCAGAAAUUUAUUCUUUCAUGGUUGUGGUAGCCAGAUGUCCAAAAUCAAGGGCCAUGCUCCCUCCAGAGGCUCUAGAAGAAACUCUUCCCUUGCCUCUUCCAGCUUCGGGUAGCUAUUGGCAUUCUUUUGGUUACGGCCACAUCUCUCUCUGCCCCGUCUUCCCAUCACCUUCUCCUCUGUGUAUUUAAUCUCCCUAUGCCUCUCUCUUAUAAGGAUACUUUUGUUGGAAUUUAGGGUCCACCUAGAUAAUCCAGGAUAAUUUCAUGUGAAGACCCUAAACUUAAUUACAUCUGUAAGACCCUUUUCCCAAAAACGUAACAUUCAUAGGUUCUGGGGAUUAGGAUGUGGACAUAUCUUUUUGGAGGUGACCUUUAGCCCAUGACAGUCUGCCCUCUGGACCCCCAAAUUUAUGUCUGUCCCAUGUGCAAAGUAUAUUCACCCUAUCCCAACAUUCCCAAAAGUCUCAACCCUAAGUCUAAAAUCUCAUCCAAACAUCUUCAGUUCAAAAGUCCCAAAGCUCACCUAGAUCAUCUAAAUCAGCUAUAGGUGAAAACCCUGGGGCAAAAUUCCUUUGCGUCUGUGAAUCAGUGAAACAAGACAUCAACAGGGCCCCUGCUUCCAGAAUACAGUGGUGGGACAGGCAUAUGAUAAUAGUUAUAGACAUUCCUAUUCCAAAAGGGAGAAAAUGGAACAAACAUAGAAAGGAGUCACCUGUCCUGAUGAUUUUAAGAAUUUGGCCAGGCAGAAUCCCCUUAGGUUUCAAGGCUUGACAGUAAUCCUCCAUGUCUCAGGGCUACACCCUUUAGGCCUGCAGCUCUGGCCUCUUGGCCCAUGGAUCAAGUCUCUGCCUCUGUGCCCAUGGCUUGUAUUUCUGCCUCUAAACCUGAAGCUCUGCCCUAGGGUUGAUCUUUUCUAUUGAAGGGUAUCACCUCUUUGCAGGUUUAUCAGCCUACUUCCUGCCUGUAAAGUUUUGGUAGUCUGACCGCCUUCUCUCAUUUUGUCCUGUCUCUGUCCCUUUCAGGCCAAGCUGGAACUGUUUCUGCUGGUAUAACUUUCUCAAAAACUUUGUGGGCUCCCCAUAUAUAUCAUAUUGAUUUACUAGUGAGACAAGAGAGUCCUCACAGAUCUUUGCCAGAUAACACCACCUCUGUUCCUGGCUUCUACUGAGAUGACUGAGUGGAUCAGUGAGUGAGUCAAUGCCUAAUCUCUACAGCACUAGCCAAAGGUUAUCCAGCCUUGGCUUUUCUCCAGAGCAAACUAUCCACACUAUCUUAACAGUGAAUCUUCAUUUUAGCACGUUUUGCAAUCUGAAUAGGCCCAGAAUUUCCUGAAUCAUCAAGUGCUGGGUCCUUUCUGCUUAAGUUCUUUCUUCAAUUUAUCCCUUUCCUCUUAUAUUUUACUCUAAGCUCAAGAAAAAACUAGGCCAUACCGCCAGUGCUUUGCUCUCAAAUUUCCUCAGCUAAAUAUCCAAAUUCAUCACUUACAGAUCUACUUUCCCCACAACAGUUGGAGACAAUUUGGAUAAGCUUUUUGCCGCUAUAUAGCAAGGAUCACCUUUCCUCUAGUUUUCAAUAAAAUGUCCCUCAGUUCCUUCUGAGCCCUCACGAGACGCGCCUUUAACAUUCCUAUUCUUCCCGACAGUCUGUUUAAGGCAAUCCAUGCUUUUUCUAUCAAUCACAUACGUCAAAAUUCUUCCAGCCUCUACACAUGAUCUAAUUCCAAAGCCACUUCUACAUUUUUAGGUAUUUGUUACAGCUGUCCCUGACUUCCUGGUACCAAAAUCUGUAGUUUGUUGCUAUGGUUGCUGUAACAGAGUACUCCAAACGUUCACUUAAAACAACAGGCAUUCAUUCUCUUACUGUUUUGGAGACCAGAAGUGGUAAAUUGAGGUAUUAGCAGGGCUGUACUCCCUCUGGAGGCUCUAAGAGAAAACCUGUUCCUUGCCUCUCCCAGUUUCUUGUGACUGUCAUCAUUCCUCAGCUUGUGGCCAAAUCUCUUUCUGCUCUGUCUUCAUAUCACCUUGCCCUCUGUAUGUCUAGUCUACCUCUGCCUCCUGCUUAUAAAGACACUUGUGAAGGCAUUUGAGGCCCACCGGUUUAUCCGUGAUAAUCUCCUCAUUUCAAGAUCCUUAACUUAAUUACAUCUGUGAAGACCCUUUUCCCAACUAAGUUAACGUCAUGGGUUCUGAGAAUUAGGACAUGGAAGUAUCUUUGGGGAGCCACCUUUCAGCUCACAACACUAGUCAUUGCACAUAAAUGUACUUUUCACAUUUUGAAAUGCAUCCUUGGUGCUCAAGCCAAAUUCAAGGUUGUCGCUAAGAGCUAUUGUAUGCACAGGCUACUGCAUGCUUUGAUGUUAAAUGGCUGAACAGGCUAUUCUAAAAUUCAGUUGAUAAUUUUGUUACUGUGGCCAAUUAGCUUGAAAAAAUAAUUGGUUCCAACUUUGAGCUCUGGUGUAUCUUCUCUGCCCCUUUUAUGGAGUCUUUGGCCAAAUGUUUUCUAUGAUUAAUAAUGUAGGUAUAAAACUACCUCUGAUACAGAAGCGUUCAUUUCAAGUUUAUUUUAGAUAUUGUGAAUCCCUCAGCUGAAAGGAGAGGUGACGGCAAAACCUGUUUGAAUGGAUAUUGAGGGAGAUUGUGCCCAUACCAAGACACUCAGAAGUAUUUCAGUAGCGGUAGAACUGUGGAUUCAUGUUCUCGUUUUGCCUCAGCAUAAACAGCUGUCUCUGCAGGACCAAGAAUGACUUGCAAUCUAUCUGUAAUGCAUACU